UGUUAUCUACUGACUGUGAACAUGGACCCUGAGUCAGAGAAAUAUUAUAUGGAGGAACUAGAGAAACAACACAAGGCAGACUUGGAGGUCAAGGCCAUUUUACAGGAUUUCGAAGCUAGACAUGAAGUCAUGGCAACAAUCAUCAGUGAUGUUUCUUCCGGACAGGCUGCCAUGGCGACAAACAUCAGUGAUAUAACAAACAGACAGGAAGUCAUGGCAACAGACGUCAGUGCGGUUUCCGCUAGACAGGCUGUCAUGGCAACUAACAUAAACAAUAUUACAACAAGACAGGAAACCACAACAAGAGAUAUGGAUCACUUAAAAGAUGAUGUCGCUGCCAUUAAAGACACAGUGAAUGUCAUAUCAGCGAACACCAGUCACGUCAAAGAAAUCCAUCCUGACUUAAAACCAAUGAUAGAAACAGCUGAAGCAAGAAUUAACAAAGAAAAAGAGAAUUUGUUUUACCCCAACAAAGGUUUCCGUGAUGCUAAAGUCAAGCUUCAAAAGAACAGGGUUGUUGUCAUCAAGGGAAACACAGGAGACGGUAAAACAGCAAUCGCUGUUCAACUCCUUCGUUGGCUGAGUCAGGAGCAAGGAGCCGGUAAACCCCUACAACUUAACGAGAUUAAGAAACUAGAUUUAUUGGCUCCAAACUUGAAAUUGAUCACUUUUAUUGAUGAUAUUUUUGGUGAGAAAGAUGUGAGUAUAACGGAUGUACAAGAGUGGAACAAAAGAAUCUCAAAUGUAGAAACACUUUUUGUAGAUAAACAAGCCCAGACCAAUUUUCUCAUCAUUACUGUUCGCAAUGAAAUAUACAAUUCUUUGAAAAAACGUUCUCUUGGAAUAAUUUUAACCAAAGAUAACAUUAUUGAUCUGAGUUCACAAACAUACAAAAUUGCAGAAGAAAAAAAAGAACUUUUAGAGCUGUAUAAGCCAAAAAACUUUUCAUGGACAGACGAAGAAAAAACACAAAUUUCAACUUAUGCACCAAACAUUGGAUUCCCACAAUGUUGCCAGCUGUUCUACAAUUCUGAAGAAUUGCAGAAAGAACGAGUUAAUUUUUUUGAAAAUCCUUUUCAUUUCUUGAAUGAAGCAUUGUCACGAUUAAAAGAAUGUUCUGCUCUUUUGUAUCUCUUCCUCAAUAAUGGUAUGAUACGGGUAAACGAUCUUGAUCCAAACAGUAAAAAAGUCCAUGAAACAUUGCUGGAACAAGCAUUUUCAAUAAAGUUGAUUGAUGGUAACAAAUAUAAAUAUCACACAGCCACUUCGUUUUUUGAUAAAAUUGGAAAAAUGUGAUUUAUAAAGGACUGUUUCGAUGAAUUAUUAGGAUUUUUGGUAAAGAAGGAGAAACAUUUGUCGUUUGAUAAAGAUGUGGUAGUAGUGAAGGAGAAACAUUGGUCUGUUGAGGAUGUGUACAGAUUUAAUCACGAUUCUAUUUAUGUUGCUGUGGCACUUUUGUAUGGAAAAGUCACACCAAUUGGCUACAUACAGAAUUGUCCCAGGAAAUCCCUCAGUUAUUUAACAACCUCAGAGACAGCUACAAACAUGAUUGUCAUAUCAUCUGAUCAUUAUACAGAAAUGUGUGAGCGUCUACUCCGAGAGUUUGAUUGUAAGGAGAGUCGAUAUGGUACUAGUAUUGACUCUCUAGAUGUAUGGAAUGAUGAGGAGGAGUAUGAUGAUGAUAUUUGUAUUGGCUCUCUAGAUGUAUGGAAUGAUCCUGUAUUUCUUAUAAGCUUUGUCGGGUUGUUGGAUGACAGAAAAAUUGAUAAACUUGAUGUGUUGAAUAAAGCAUGUUAUUCUGGUGCAGAAGAAUGUGCUUUAUAUCUUCUGUCAGAAGGUGUUAAACCUGACAAGGACACAG